AAAUCGUCCGAGACGCACCUUUUUCUUCUUGGCAACGUUGCUUAUCAACUUCAGUCUUUCUCAUCGAGUCGACUCCACUUCGACUCCUUUUCAGCCUUCGUCGUUCUAUUUCGUGAAAUACCAUGUCGACCAACAGGAAGAAGACCAGGAAACUUCGUGGGCAUGUCAGCCAUGGCCACGGCCGUAUCGGAAAGCACCGUAAGCAUCCCGGAGGUCGUGGUAACGCCGGUGGUAUGCACCACCACCGAAUCAAUUUCGACAAAUACCAUCCUGGUUACUUCGGCAAGGUUGGUAUGAGGAACUUCCACUUGCGCAAGAAUCAACACCACAUGCCAGCCAUCAACCUUGACAAGCUGUGGACCUUAGUGUCAGAGCAAACCAAGGAGAAAUACAAGGACCACCCAGAAAAGAAAGUGCCCAUCAUCGAUUGUGUGCGAGCUGGUUACUACAAAGUUUUGGGCAAGGGAAUCCUCCCCAAGCAGCCCAUGAUUGUCAAGGCCAAGUUCUUCUCCAGGAUUGCUGAGACCAAGAUUAAGUCUGUUGGUGGAGCCUGUAUCUUGACUGCUUAAGAUGUGUAAUAUGUCUACAGCAUUAAUACAGCGUCUUUAUCAAAA